AUGACAUCGGAAAACUCGGAUACGAUCCGCUCGCCCGAGCCGCAGGUUACGGACUCGGAAAGCUCAACCACAGACAUCGCGAAUCCAGAAAAAUCCGACGCAAAGAGCAGCACGCCAUCGAAAAAACGAACUGCCUCGGAAUCAGACCCCAAUGGCGCGCCGAAAGUGACCAAAAGACGAGCCGCGCGAGCCUGCGUCUCGUGCCGGGCACGCAAGGUCCGCUGCGAUGUGGUCGAGGGCGCUCCGUGCGGCAACUGCAGAUGGGACAACGUGGAAUGCGUCGUACAGGAGAGCCGCCGCCGAAAGAAGACGGUGUUCGACCCCAGCUCCGCAACUGGUGGUCAAGCCCACGCACACCAAAAAGCCGAGGCACCCAAGCUGCACAUCGCAAGCAACCCCGUCACCAUCAGCCCGGCCACCGAACUGCGCCGCAAAAGCGAGGUCGCCGUCUCAGCAGCCAACGCCGCCGAAGCCGCAAAUCUGGUUGGCCCGCAGGCUGGCCAAUCUAAUUUUGUCGAUGGGAGCCUGGAUGGUCACGUUCCGCAUCUGAUCUAUCAGCAGUCGACAAGCUUGCGGCCAGACCCAUUGGCGUUGGCUCAGCUACAGGCCGGGAACGACGGGUCCCGGUAUCCCAGCAUAUGGCCAAACCUACCCGCUACGACCCAGAGCAAUGCCAGCACUGGGUUCAGCGAGGCGAAGACUGUUCAGUUCCUGAGCUCGCUCGAGGAGCCCGACGUAUCGUCACAGUUGCCCGCCUUUGUCCGGCCGCUGCCAGCCAAGAUCGCUGUCGACGAUGUGAACUACCUGCACAUGAAGGGAGCCCUCACGCUCCCAAGCCUGACCCUUCAGAAUGCGCUAUUGAGAGCUUAUGUCGAAUAUGUUCAUCCCUACAUGCCUCUUAUGGAGCUGCAUGACUUCCUGACGGCCAUCAACUCUGUAGAUGGCCUUAAUGGGCAAAUUAGCUUAUUCCUUUACCAUGCUGUCAUGUUUGCCGGCACAGCCUAUGUAGACAUCAAGUAUCUCAAGGAGGCUGGAUACAGCACCAGGAAAGCCGCGCGCAAAGCCUACUUCCAAAAGACCAGGCUCCUCUAUGAUUUUGAUUACGAAAGCGACCGUCUUAUCCUCGUCCAAUCGUUGCUUCUUAUGACAUACUGGUACGAAACACCUGAUGACCAGAAAGACACAUGGCAUUGGAUGGGUGUAGCAAUCUCAUUGGCACACACUAUCGGGCUGCACCGCAACCCGGCCAAUACCAACAUGUCGCCUCGAAAACAGAAGCUAUGGAAGCGAAUCUGGUGGUCAUGCUUCAUGCGCGAUCGCUUAAUUGCUUUAGGCAUGCGGAGACCAACUAGGAUUAAGGACGAGGACUUCGAUGUGCCCAUGCUCGAGGAGGGCGACUUUGAGAUUGGUCCUCUUGCCGAUGACGUCCAAGUCAUCAAUCAUGAUUGCACGUUAGUGCGAGAUGUGCUCAUGCAGCAGCAGCUUGCCUCGAUGUGCGUUGCCAAAGCCAAGCUAUGCUUAUGCAUCAGCCAGAUGCUGAAGGCCCAAUACUCCGUGUUGGUGAGAGACACGGAACGCCCAGAAAACACAACCAACAGCACCAUGAUGCUGCAUCCCAAGAAGCAGCUCGACAACUUGGAGACAGUCACGGAGUGCGAUCUCUCUCUCAUGGCUUGGGCCGAGCAACUACCGGCUUGCUGCCAAUAUCGUGCAUUGACACAGAUGGACGUCAGGGAUGGCCACCGGACAAUUGCUGUCCACCGCAAUCUUCUCCACAUGGUGUACUACACCACCAUCUCUGCCCUUCACCGACCGCAGUUUCUUCAUGCUUCACCUCUGCACGCACCCACAACUUCACGACAAGCUCAAGAGAUGUCUCGGCUGAAGGUGCGGGAUGCUGCAUCACAGAUCACUCGCAUGGCCGCCGAGCUGCACCAGAUAAAGCUCGAGAAAUUCCUUCCGACCACCGGUGUGACUGUCAUCCUUCCGGCCAUGAUCAUUCAUCUGCUGGAGAUGAAGAACCCGCUCCCGCACGCCCGUGACAAGGCUGUGCGAGGAUUCAGGCAGUGUAUGAGGGUUAUGGAGAGGCUUCGUGACAUUUAUGCUGCUGCAGACUAUGCUGUCGCAUUCUUGGAUGCUGCACUGCGCAAGGCGGCUAUCGACUUGCAAGCCUCUCAUAAUGUCUCGAUACUGGCCGACAUGGCCAAGCCCGCAACUCCCUUUGUGAUUCCCGCCGCGAGUACGGAGAAGAUGGCCACGCCACCACCCGAGAACGCGCCGUACAUGACGCAACCGGAGGCUGACAGGUUGGGUGGAGGUAACAUGUUUGCUCCCAAUUCGGACAUGAUGGCCGGUACCUCGCCGCCGCACACCGAAAAGGAUAGUAUGACACCCAGUGCAAGUGGCUCGAGUGAUGGUGUGCCACCGUUGGAUCUAGAAAUGGACUUCAACGAGAGUACGCAAGACGAGUUUGACUGGAACGCAUUGACGGGGACGAAUAUCGACUUUGACCAGUGGCUACAGUUUCCUAGUGAGGGUACAAAGAAGAGUGCCAGUGCGGCUGCUCCAAUGGCCGCUGAGGGAAAUGAGAGCUUCAUGGGCAUGCUGGGAAACAAUGGAACUGUUUCAGGAGAGGCUUUCGCUUCUUAA